AUGGCAUCCUCAGUGGGAGCAUCCUCUCCUACUGAAGCCGACAUUGCCGCCAGGGAGCCCGAUGAAAUAGUGCAGGUGCCGACUGAGAAGCCGACGUCGCCCACCUCGCCUAUGGAUGAACAUCCACUCACAGAGGUUCCCCAUGUGCCGGAGGGGCUUGGCCUUGUGCCUGAACCAUCUGCUGCGAUGAGCGAAUCUGCGCCGCUCGUGGAUUCACCCGAAGCAUUGCCGGUGCCUACUGAGCUGCCUUCGCCCGCCACAUCCGUGGUGGAGGGUACGGUGGAGGUGCCUACCGCGCCUGAUGUGAUGGAGCUUCCCCCACGGCCCGAGCUAGGUUCGUGUGAGAAAAGAGAAGAGCUCAAAGCGGUCUACGACCCUUUGAGAAAGCCAAGAGCUCAAAGCGGUCUACGACCCUUUGAGAAAGCCGUGGAGAGAUGGUGGAGGGCAUCAGCCGAAACAAAGAAGGAGUUCCCCAAUGGAGUGGGGAAGCAGCGAGCUUUCAAGAAUAUGAAGAGCAAGCCGGACUGGCUGAGCUUCAGUGGAGGAGUGACAUACCUGAUGCAGCACCUGAGGAAGAGCCUUGGAAGGCCACAGAUACCAGAGCUGUCGGAGUAUCUGAAUAGAUACUUCAAACAGAGCAAGAGGAGGAAGUUUGAAUCGAUGAACCAGUACAUAGUGAGAAAGACAGAAGUGUAUCAGAGGGCCCGACAAGCACUUGCACGAGUGCUGCCAGACCAACGAGCCAGCAGCCGGUGGGACGAGGCUUCAUGGAGGAGUUCCACGUGGCAACCUUCGAGGAGAAGCGCUACCUCGUGGCGAGAUGACUGGUCAAACACCGGCCAGAGCCAGCGAGACCAGAGUGAGAACAAUGAGGACCCAUGGGCACAGCGCCGAAACAAUGAGGAAGAGGAGUCAGAGGACUUCCAAGAUGCCGCCGAAGAGUGGGAUGCACCCAGCCAGUGGCACAGCAGCUACCAAGGACAGUGGCACAAUGACCACUAUGGACCAUGGGGCACACAGGAGAACGAGAGAUGGCUUCAUGAGACGCCAGAACUUCUACCAGAUUUCCUGCAGGGUUGGUACCUGCUGAUGGAUGCCAACUUGACCAGCUCCGAGAGGAACCUGGUCCAGACGGCAGUACAGGGAGACUUUGGAAGCGAACGAAUCGCCCAAGAACUCCGCACCCAAUGGCCAGAAGAAGAACUUCGUGACCACGAACAAGGAAUGAAACAGGCCAGCUACUGGCAGGAUGAGGUAGAUGGAGAACCCAUAGGUGGAGAAGGAAUGACGAUUCAGAGCCUCCAAGAGGAGGGUAUGAAUGAAGAGGGAUUGGCCAUGAUGGCUGAUGCAGAAGUACAGGCAGAAGAGGCAAUGGCAGUGAUCGAGAGGGCGCAGAGGACGCUGAGAGAGGCAAGGGCAAAGCAACACCAGGUGAAAAUGAACCGACAAUACUACAAGACCGAGGUUGAGAAGUACAAGAGCAAAUCAGGGCCCAUCAAAUGCUUUAGGUGUGGAGGCAAUCACAAGAUUGCCAACUGUCCAGACCGACAGGCACCGAGAGCAGGAGAGGCACAGAAGGCAGAGUCAGCACCUUUUGUCUGCUAUGCCCGAGAUGAGGCCGCCAUGGUGACGAACCAGGACGCCAUGACCACCGAAGAGGCCGUCCUGAAGGGCUAUGGCAUCAUCGAUGGUGGAGCAACAAAGACUUUGGGUAGCGUCCACGCCCUAGAAGCCGUGGCCGCGGAGAACUUCCGCAAACACAGUGAUGAUCGCAUUCUGGAGAUUGACCCAGAACAGAAGCCGACUUUCGGCUUUGGAAACUCCAGCCGCAAUCAAUGCGUGAGCACUGCAAAAGUUCAGAUACAGGCAGGAGACCAGAAGGGCAUCCUGCAGGUACAUGCCUUGGAAGAAGGACAGGGGCCUGUGUUGCUGUCAAUCAGUACUUUGAGGUCACUGGGCGCAAUCAUAGACUUUGAGGCAGACCUCAUCGUCUUUCGGAAGCUUGACGACCGCCGAGUGAUCAAGGCCCUGAGGUCUGACGGAGAAAGGGAGGGAGAGGAAAUUUUUCAGGCUCUGAAAGAACUAGGGGAGGAACCUCCUGCCCAGUGGAAGAACCCAGAGCUGAAGGUGAGACUGAUGGAGGUGGAGGAAGAACUGGGCAUCGACAAGUUGCGCCGCAGUCGCCACCACCAAACGGAAUUGAUGACAUGGGUGACGCGCCUCAACCAGGAAACGAUCCCGGUCCUCCAGAAGCAAGCCAUGGAAAAGAUCUACCUCUUGACAGAACCAGAUGGCCAGGACCCGAUGGGUUUUGGACAGCAUGCCAGCCUGACCUAUGCCGAGGUCAAGAGUCAGCAUGCGGGCUACUGCACCUCGGCGCAGACCACAGCCAGCGAAGGACAACACAGCCUGCGACUUGGCAGGUUUGUCAAGUGGCUGAACAUGGAGCCCAAGGACCAGGUAAAAAUGCCACACUACCUGGCCAAGCAGUAUGUCAAGUCCAAAGGGGAGACCGAGACCUGUGUGAAGGCAGAGCCAGAGCCCAGCGAGGCACCGACCAGCUCAACACAAGCCCUGGUCGAAGCCCAACACAUGAUGACAAAGAUGAUGGCGACCAUGGAAGAGAUGAAGGGAGAGUUGCAAGAGUUGCGCGAGGAGCGACCCCGGAAGAAGACCGAGGUGAAGAGCGAGGAGCUCACACACGAGAAGCUCCUGAGGGAAAUUGAUGGCCGUACGCAGCAAACUGAUGGAACAGACAUGGACCAGGACUAUGAGUUUGUGGUUGUCAUUGAUGAGGGAUCUAGGAUUUUGGCCACCGAAAAACACAGGGAUGGCUAUGGGAACCUCAAAGAAAGUAGUUCGAUUUGGUUGGUUAGGGGAAGGCGCCUAAUCAAGUGCUGUCCAGAACAGUUGAGACCUGCCUCAGAGAGGGAGGAACUCCUUGAAUUUUUGGGGAACCCUGAAGAAAACAAAGCCCCCUGGAAUUUCACACGGGUGGCAAGUGCCUUGGGUGGAAAUGAAAUGGAUGACAUCACGGGGGAGAUCCCGGACUUGGCAACUUGGCAGAGAGACCAGCAGAACUUAGUGCGACAAAAUCCCAAGGUUAGUGAAAAGAGAUUGACCCCGAAAGAAAGGGAGGAGUUUCGGGAAGCCAAACACAAAGAGGUGGCAUCUUGGCGACAAUGGGGUGUGAAAAAGGGAGAUGUGAGUGGGGCCUUCCUUCAGGGGAGGGAAUAUCCCAAUGAAUUGUAUUGUGUUCCUUGCCCCGAAAUCCUCGAAGCUAUGGGAUUAGGCCCAACUUGGGAACGCUCUUACAAAGAGUGGAGCUAA